AUGGCCGACAGACAACCCUAUUUGAACACCAACUUCUAUGGCCCAGCCGUGCCUCCUUCGACAAAAGCCCACCGCAGCCGCCGCAUCUUAUGCACCAUUCUGAAGGUGGCAAUUAGUUUCAUCGUGGGGGUUGGUAUUCUAUUGUUGAUAUUAGGGUUUGUGUACAGUCCAACAAAGCUGGAGUUCAACGUGAGCAGCGCCGAACUCACCCAAUUCAACUUCACCAUCAAUAGAAACUUCACUACCAAUGCAAACAUCAGAGUUGGCAAUCCACUCUCUUACAAAUUGGGUCUCAACGUAACCAUCAGAAACCCCAACAAGCGGUACCGUGUCUACUACGACAUCAACCAAAUGGGUGUGGUUUAUAAGAAUCAAAGGCUUGAGACACAGUGGCUGCCAGCGUUCGCCCAAGGAACAAAGAGCACGGUGGUCCUCAACUCCAGGAAGUUCGAGGGUCAGCAGUUGGUGCUUCUUGGCGGCGAUGAAUUUGUUGAGUUUAACGCUGAGAAAAGCUCCGGCAUUUACCCCAUUGAUGUCAAGUUCUUUUUCCGGUUGAGGAUGAAGUCCGAAAUUGAAUCCCACGGUGUACUGUGGAUUGAAGGUUCCUUUGAUUAA